AUGUGCGCACACGAUCGUGCCGAACCCGCGGUCAUUACACCCAAAGAACUCGGCGAGUGUAAUAAGCCUGAGCGGGCUCUACUGGCUGUUCGUGGCAAAGUGUACAAUGUGACAGAGUUUGUGGAGCGCCAUCCGGGUGGACGGGAUAUUCUGUUGAUGGCCGCUGGAAGGGAUGUAACGCAGGUUUUUGAGACGUAUCAUGAUGAAAAGGCGGAAAAGGUGUUGAGUCCUUAUACGAAUGUUCCGGACGCUGACCCCGAUAUCGACGUUGCAUCCGUACAUUUUCGACGUAUCCGUAAAGACCAAACAUGGUACCCCUUUUACCUCCUCCAACACGUUUACGCACCCGUCAUGUACAGUCUUUACGGUCUCAAAUCCCGUUACGACGAUAUUGCCAUCCUCUAUUUUUCCAAACGCCGCGGUUCCAUCCCCGUGAACCCCCUCACACCUUCCCAACACGCCCUCUUUUGGGGCGGAAAGGCUUUCUUUGUCUUUCACCGUCUCGUUCUCCCUGCAUUCUUUAUGCCCCUUUCUCAGGUCCUUUAUUUCUUUGUAUUAGCGGAUCUAGCCACAGCAUGGACGCUGGCACUCGUUUUUCAAGCCAACCACGUAGUCCAACACGUGGACUGGCCCACACCUGACCCGAAAACAAAUACAAUCAACCAAGACUGGAUGGAACUCCAAAUCCGUACUGCGCAAGAUUACAGCCACGACGGAUUCUUGACGACUAAAUUGACGGGUGGAUUAAAUUACCAGGUCGUCCAUCAUGCGUUCCCGCAGAUUUGUCAGUGGUAUUACCCGGAAAUUGCCCCGAUUGUCAAGAGCACUUGUAAAGAGUUUGGUGUGCCCUACACGGUUCGAAAGGACUUUUGGGAAGCGAUUGGUGAUCAUGUGAGGUUGUUGUGGGAUUUGGGGAGAGAUGCGCGCGUGGAGAAAAAGGCCAAGUAA